AUGGAGACCCAGCAAGCUUCCACGGCGCAGGACGUGGCUGCAGGAGUUGAGGCCAUGGAGAUAUCGAAAGCCGAUGACAAGGCGGAAUUCCAUCGACUAUCCGGCGACGGUGAAUUAAACGAAGAGACGCUGAAUCGAAUGCGUAAACCGCGAUGCGGCGUCGAGGACAUUUCGGAGCGCACGUUCGCUCCGCUUUCGGACAAAUGGCCGAAGAAACAUCUCAAAUGGAACUUUCAUCUGGCCAACGACUUGAUUUUGAAAACGACCCGUGCCGCGUUCGAUCUGUGGGCAGCGAAUUCGUCAUUGACGUUCGAGCACAAUUUGCUGAAUCCCGAUAUUCUGAUAUCGUUUCAGGUGCACGUAGACAAAACGGAGACGUGGCACAUACAGCUGAAUGAGAAUCCCCCGGGAACGUACAAUUUACUUUAUACGCUGACGCACGAGAUCGGUCACGCUUUAGGCUUGCCACACACUUUUCACAAAGAUUCGGUGAUGUACACGUACGUGCCUGAUGAUGCAUUCCCCGUUCAACUCAGUCUAGAGGACGUUCUUUCCAUACAACACUUGUACGGUGCUAAAAAAAACGUUAAUUUUCCAAAACUAACGACGACAACACCGGCGACUACCACAACGACGAUACCGACGACGACGACGACGGCUACGAAAGACGUCGAAACGGAUCUGUGCACCUAG